UAGUUUAGCUAACCUAAACGGUUAAGCUAAACUUUAGCUUAGCUAAACUAACCGUUUAUAAGCAGCUGAAAUCAAAAGGAAACUGUUAUAGUUUCUCCUUUCUUCAGUGUUUUUCUGAUAUUUAAUUUAUUAUAACUCAUUUAAAGAUUCACGGAGCGGAAAAACCUUUCGAUAUUUUAAAGCCAAGCCUUGAUGGUUUUCUUACUUCAGCUUGCACCGCCUCUGAAAGGCCACACGAUGGCGCCAUAAUUCCGUUUUCCGAGAGUUAAAUGCUGCCUUUCAGUGCCGUGGGAAUUAGAGUAACAGAAAGAGAACACGAGGAGCAGCUUCCGAUAUCUGCAGCAUUUCUGGAGUUUAAAUACAUUUUAAUUAAGUCAAUAUUUACUGAACUUUAUAGUCAAUAAAACUGGACUGGAGGUUCUGCAGAGUUCUCACUCACUGGAGCAGAAUCUGGAUGAACGUCACAUUUUUAUGUUCAGAAGAUUUGGACUCUGAUUAGAGCCUUACUGCAGCAUUUUGGAUUUUUUUUUACCGAACCUUUACGGUUUAAUGAUGAUGAUGAUAAUUUCGGUUCAUUGUUGAAUUGGGUUCAGUCAGGAACUGGAACUCCACAGCCGGUUCCUGUGUCUGUCUCCGGUUCCCGCUCGCAGUUCGGAGCUUUUCCCGGGUCACUGAACGCACCGCGGGCGGAUCUUCUGCGGGUUUUUUCCUCCAGCUGCAGCUUGUUGAGUCGCUGCUGCGGGUCGAUCAACUGCUGCCGGAACCGAGCCGACCGGACCCAUGGAUUAAAGGAGCGGCCCAGCAGAGGUAUGGAGUGUGUGUGGUUGGUGUGUGUGUGUAUGCUGAGUGUGUGUGUCGGGGAUGACAGCGGAUUGGACAGAAGUGGCCACACCCACCAGGACGGUCAUCGCCUGCAGGUGGUUUCCAAUGGCGACGCAGCUUCAGGUCUGUGCGUUGUGGACCCGCCUCUCUGCGAUGAUCAGAACUCCUUCCUGAGCUUCGAGGCGAUCCGCAGCAUCCACAAGCUGAUGGACGAUGACGCAGACGGCACUGUGGACGCCAUGGAGACGGACGAGUUCCUCAGGGAGGACAUGCAGGACCGCAACCCGAAAGCUAAGCACCACAGCUUCCACCGGGCCGACCAGCACAUCAGCCUGGAGGACAUGUGGAGUGCCUGGAAGGAGUCCGAAGUGUAUAACUGGACGGCGCUGCAGGUGGAGGAGUGGCUGUCCCUCAGCGUGGAACUCCCUCAGUACGCCUCCGGCUUCCGCAUGCAGCAGCUGGACGGGAAGGCGCUGCCCAGGCUGGCGGUGAAGAACGUGACUCUGACCGUGUCAUUGCUGAAGAUUCUGGACCGGAGCCACGCCCAGAAGCUGCAGCUCAAGGCCUUGGACGUGGUUCUGUUUGGACCGCCAGCAGGCCGGCAGAACCGGUGGAAGGACCUGGUUCUGGGCCUGUCGGUGCUGAUGGCUCUGGGCGGCUGCUGGUUCGCCUACAUCCAGACCAGGAAGUCCAGAGACGACCUGGGGAAGCUGACGAAGGACCUGGAGGGUCUGCAGAGGGCCGAGGAAAGUCUGCUGGACCUGCAAGCAAAGCUGCGGCGGGCACAGGAGCAGCAGCACUACGUCCAGGUGGAGAAGGUGAAGGUGGAGGAGGAGCUGCGGAGCGAGAUCGACUCGGCCAAGCAGGAAGCGCAGCGGCUGCGUGAGCUGAGGGAGGGAUCAGAGAACGAGCGCAGCCGGCAGAAAUACGCCGAGCAGGAGCUGGAGCAGGUCCGGACGGCACUCAGGAAGGCGGAGCGGGAGCUGGAGUCGCGGGCGCACUGGGCGCCGCCGGAGGCGCUGCAGAAGUGGCUACAGCUGACGCACGAAGUGGAAGAUCAGCAUUACAACAACAAGAAGCAGAACGCAGAGAGGCAGCUGCUGCAGGCCAGGGAGGGGGCAGAAAAGAUCAAGAAGAAGAGGAGUUCUCUGUUUGGAACGUUCCACGUGGCUCACAGCUCCUCACUGGACGACGUCGACCAGAAGAUCCUCUCAGCCAAACAGGCCCUGGCUGAGGUAACGGCGACUCUGCGGGAGAAGCUCCACCGCUGGCAGCAGAUUGAGUCUCUGACCGGGUUCUGUGUAGUCAACAAUCCGGGCCUGGGAGCCCUGGCCGCCGCCCUGAACCUUGACCCAUCCUUCCUGGGCCUGCGACCUUCGACCCCCCAGAACCUGCUCUUGUCGGACGACCUGGACGACAUGGACGAGGACAUCCUGUCUCCGGGGACGUUGCAGUACGCAGCCUGGCAGAUGGACCGGCGUGUGAGUGACCUUUGGCCUCUGAGUGGCAUCACAGACACGCAGUUACCAUGGAAACAGUCAGCUCAGAGUCUGAUGCCCCUGCGGCAGAGGGCGGGAGACCCCGGGUUGACGUUUGGCUCUCAGAGACCUCCAGACUCCAGGGGCGCUGUGGCCAGCCAGAGGCAGCGCUGUCGCUCAGGCAGCUUGGGGGACAUCAUGAGCCGCUCAGACUCUGACUCCGCCCUUGCUCUGUCUCUCAGCGAAUCACGCGCUCUGCAUCACUCCAGGCCACAUCUUCUGGACUCCAGGCCCCACCUCCUGCAGGCUCAAAGCUCUGCCCACAGAGGAGGUGGAGGCCUGGAGAAGAGCUCCAGCCUGGUGGAGCUGAGAGGCCCCUCCUCUGCCCUCACCUCUGCCUGCUCCACCCAUUCCCUCUGCAUCGCCGCAGAUGGCAGUGCUGCCUUCCUGUCCUCAUCCGCCUCGUCUAGCUCAUCCGGUAUCGGACAGGGAGCUGGUGUCCAGCCGUCCAACCUGAGGAAGGACAGAGCAGAUGGUCAGGAGGUGUCCGUUAGCCGCAGGAAGAAAGCUUUCUACACCAUCUUCAGGAAACGGAGGGACAGUCCGGACACUGUGAGCCAGAGAUGAAGACUCCCAGGUCAGGAUGGAACAUUGUCUUCAUCACCCAGGAAAGAGGAGGAGGAGUCAAACACCAGCAAGGAGCUCAACUUCAGUCAGUAGCUCCACCAUAAAAACUCAACCUGUGAAAAUCCUUUUCUGCUCUUGGAAAAAAUUAAGAUAAUAAAACAGAAUCAAAAUAUUUCUC